AGACAAUAAAAGGUUAUAUAUCCAAAAUGCAAGAUGAUCAAGGAUGCAAUCCUAUACCCACUUAAGUGAGGCUGUCGAUUUGCUGAACCGUUGCCUGGCCUCGACAAUGGACUGGAUGAGAGUUAACAAACUGAAGCUCAAUCCAGACAAGACUGAGAUGCUGUUGGUGGACGGGUUCUCUGAUCGGAUGGUGGAUAUAUACCCUGUCCUGGACGGGGUUACACUCCCCCUAAAGGACCAGGUUCGUAGUCUGGGAGUCUUUUUAGACUCUUCCCUCUCACUUGAGGCUCAAGUAGCCUCGGUGGUUAGGAAUGCGUUUUACCAACUUCGGUUGGUAGCCCAGCUACAUCCCUAUUUGAGUAAAGAGGACCUUACAUCAGUGGUACAUGCUCUGGUAACCUCAUGUUUGGAUUACUGUAAUGCGCUUUACGUAGGGCUACCUUUGAAGACAGUUCGGAAGCUACAACUAGUGCAAAAUGCGGCGGCCAGAUUGCUGACAAGGACCAAGCGGUCCGAGCAUAUAACACCUGUUCUGGCCAGCUUGCACUGGUUGCCAAUAUGUUUCUGGGCUAGAUUCAAAGUGUUGGUAUUAACCUAUAAAGCCUUAUACGGUGCGGACCACGAUACCUUGCGGAACGCCUCUUCCGAUAUGAACCGGCCCGUGCACUACGUUCUGCUACGAAGGCCCUCCUCCGGGUUCCAACUCACAGGGAGGCCCGGAGGGUGAUGACAAGAUCUAGGGCCUUCUCAGUGGUGGCCCCCGAACUAUGGAACAGUCUCCCCGAGGAACUACG